AUGGUUGCUCUAGUAGCGGCUCUCGUGCUCAGACUCGCCCUGCGCCGACUCUUUUCGUUAGGCGUCAAGCAUCAAGUGACGGUGAUGAUUGUUGAAGGCCUGGGAGUGCAGAUAGAGGUAGCACAGCUAACCGCCACCCAGCAAAAAGCAUUUAAAGCACCCAACUCGUCCAGUCACAGCAUCAGCAGCGGCAGCAGCAGUGGAACAGCGGAUAGUCAACCACGGGUGGUGCAUCGGCAGCUGGUGCCGCUAGACACCAUAGCUGCGGCGGUGAUCACUGAGAUCGUCACUCCCACCAGCUGCCACUUCGCCCUCGUGCUGCUGCUUGCUGACUCUGACCAGCCUCUGCCUGUCUUCCGGUGCUAA